CGCAAGCCUGAGCUGCAGGUUCUAAUGGACAUCAUCAAUACUGCAGAUGCAUUCAAACUCUCCCGUCUAAUAUGCGAUCGCUUCGCCCAUGGAGUGUACUCGAUGAUCGGAGCCGUGAAUCCCGACUCCUUUGACAUCCUGCACUCGUACAGCAAUACUUUCCAGAUGCCAUUUGUCACUCCGUGGUUCCCGGAAAAGGUCCUGACUCCAUCGUCCGGCUUCCUCGACUUUGCCAUAAGCAUGCGGCCGGACUACUAUCAGGCCAUUAUCGACACUGUGCGCCACUACGGCUGGAAGAAGAUCAUCUAUCUCUACGACUCGCACGACGGGCUCUUGAGGCUGCAGCAAAUUUAUCAGGGGCUCAAGCCGGGGAACGACACCUUUCAAGUUGACACCGUCAAAAGGAUACAGAAUGUGUCCGAGGCCCUCGACUUCUUGCGCAACAUCGAGGAACUCAAUCGGUGGAGCAAUAAGUACGUGGUUCUCGACUGUCCGACCGACAUGGCGAAGGAAAUAGUCGUCAGUCACGUGAGGGACGUAACACUUGGACGACGGACCUACCACUAUCUUUUAAGUGGCCUCAUAAUGGACGAUCGGUGGGAGAGCGAGGUGAUAGAGUACGGCGCCAUCAACAUCACGGGUUUUCGGAUCGUGGACGCGAACCGGGCCCACGUCAAGGAGUUCCUCGUGGGCUGGCGCCAGCUAUCCGGCAACCUCUUCCCGGGCGCCGGCCGCGAUUCCAUUUCCGCUCAAGCAGCCCUGAUGUACGACGCGGUCUUCGUGCUGUUCGAGGGCUUCAACAAAUUCGUCGGCAAGAAAACGAGCAAAAACAACCCACGUCGCACCGGCUCGAUGUCCAUCGGCGGCCAGCCGAGCAACUUGACCCUCGACUGCAACUCGAAGAACGGCGUCGUCUCGCACUUUGAGCACGGCGAGAAAAUCGUCAAGCAGCUGCGCAAGGUUGACAUAGUAGGUCUGACCGGUCAAAUUAAGUUCAGCGAAGAGGGUCGACGUCAAAAUUACACCCUCGACGUCGUCGAGAUGACCGUCAAUAGUGCGCCCGUGAAGGUCGCUGAGUGGAAGGAUUUUUCUGGCUACCAACUUGUUCCUACGAGGCGCGAUCGGCAUCCCAAGUCCGAAAUAGUCAAAAACAAGACCUACAUCAUAACCACAAUAGUGGAAGAGCCGUACAUAAUGGAGAAGAAAUUUGACGGAAGAAGACCCGACAAGACCAAGGAUUUGUACGAGGGAUACUGCAGGGAUCUAGCCGAGCUCAUUACUAAUAAGCUAAACAUAAGCUGGGAGCUGCAGAUCGUGAAGGACAAAAAAUACGGCUCGGAAAAUCCAGAUCAGCCGGGAGGCUGGGACGGCAUGGUCGGGGAGCUCAUCAGAAGGGAGGCAGACAUGGCGAUCGCGCCGAUGACGAUAAUGUCCGAGCGGGAACGGGUGAUCGACUUCAGCAAGCCCUUCAUGUCGCUCGGCAUCAGCAUCAUGAUCAAAAAGCCCGUCAAGCAAAACCCGGGUGUCUUCAGUUUCCUCAACCCCCUCAGCAAGGAGAUCUGGGUGUGCAUCGUCUUCUCCUGCAUCGGCGUCUCCGUAGUCCUCUUCAUCGUGUCCAGGUUUUCCCCGUACGAGUGGCGCGUCCUGACUCUCAACACCAGCCGAGACCCGAGCUUGGUGUCCCGGGACGGCAGUCUCCAACACUCGCACGGGGCCCAGGGCUCGCCCCACGGCCAGCACACCAGCAUGGUCAACGACUUUACUCUGCUCAACAGCCUCUGGUUCUCCCUUGGCGCCAUCAUGCAACAGGGCACCGACAUCUCGCCCCGAUCGAUCUCCGGUCGGAUAGUCGGCUGCGUCUGGUGGUUCUUCACGCUGAUCCUGAUAUCCUCGUACACCGCGAACUUGGCGGCGUUCCUCACGGUCGAGCGCAUGGUGACGCCCAUCAAUUCGCCGGAGGACCUGGCGGCUCAAUCCGAAGUGAAGUACGGGACGCUGGAGGGCGGCUCCACCUGGAGCUUUUUCGAGAGGUCGCAGAUCGAUCUUUACAAGCAGAUGUACAGGACAAUGAAGGACAACAACGUGAAAGUCAAGUCGUACGACGAGGGUAUACAGCGGGUGAGGAUGAGCAAGGGCAAGUACGCCCUGCUCAUCGAGAGCCCCAAGAAUGACUACGUCAACGAACGAGAGCCGUGCGAUACUAUGAAGGUCGGACGGAAUCUGGACGUCAAGGGAUUCGGCAUCGCCACGCCUCUGGGCUCGCCGCUCAGGGAUAGUAUCAACCUGGCCGUGCUGUCACUGAAGGAGAGCGGUGAAUUGGCCAAGCUGCAAAACAAGUGGUGGUACGAGCGUACGGAGUGCCGACAUAGCGACAAACAGGACACGUCGAGGAAUGAAUUGUCGCUGAGCAACGUGGCCGGGAUAUUUUACAUCCUCAUUGGUGGUCUUCUCUUGGCUCUUAGCGUCGCACUGAUCGAGUUUUGCUACAAGUCGCAUACCGAGGCUACGAGAGCAAAAAUUCCUCUGUCGGACGCGAUGAAGGCGAAGGCGCGCCUGACAAUCGGUGGUGGCCGAGAUUCCGACAAUGGCCGGUGGUACGGACUGCAGAGUUAGACGGAGGAUGCAUGCGCCUUGCCCGGGACCAUAAUAUUACGCACCAGCGAACGCGAUUGGCAAUGCCGAGGCCGAGCAGGUACACAGCAACACCCACACGCAGGUAU